GACAAAAAGCCUUCGUGCGGCUCCCCGAAAAAAGGCCGGAACCUCGUCGUAUGCAUCGACGGAACUGCGAACCAGUUCGGCAUGAAGAACACGAAUGUCGUCGAACUAUACAGCCGCCUCGUCAAAGACGGCGAGCAGCUCGCGUACUACGACAGCGGGAUUGGAACGUACGCCAAGGAGCGCUUCUCGCUGCACUACGUGGCGCAAGUCGUUGAUCACACCAUCGACUUGGCUAUCGCAUGGAACUUCGAGGAGAUAGUCCUGAAAGCCUAUGAAUGGUUGUCAGAGAACUAUCAGGAAGACGAUCGCAUCUUUUUAUUCGGGUUUUCUCGCGGGGCUUAUCAGGCUCGCGUCAUCGCUGGUAUGUUACAGAAGGUUGGCCUCCUCGAGAAAGGAAAUAAUAGGCAGAUCCGCUUCGCAUACGAACUGUAUAGGGCAGCCACAGCUCACGAGAAGAGGGGAUCUGAUGAUAAGCAGCCAACGCAGUCGGACGUCGAGCAGAUAACCAGAAUAAAGAGGCUCCUACGAAAGAUCAUGCGGGAGUCACCCGCCGAUGACCUUGAAAGUCAUCCGAUCACAGUCCAGGAGAAGGAGCGCUCAACCCCUGGUCGUCCCGGCAAGAAAGACAGCCUGUGGGAGAAAUUUCUGAAGAAGUGGAAGGGGAAAGCAUCCUCGGCGGAGGACCUGUGCAAGCACUUCAAGUUGACUUUAUCUCGUCAAAAUGUGAAAGUGCACUUCGUCGGUGCAUGGGACACCGUAUCGUCUGUCGGUGUUGUUAGGAACCGUACUCUUCCAGAAACGACCACUGGGAUGUCACACGUUUGUGCUUUCAGACACGCGCUUGCGUUGGAUGAACGACGCGUGAAAUUUCUGCCCGAGUACGCUAAUGGAGGAGCUGGGCCG